UUUUAGCGGCACACGUAUGUGACAUCCUGUACGGCCGCAGGUACCUGUCCUCGGCACCCUUAUAAAGAGGAGUUCGAGUCUCUGCUGGUGUGUGAGGAAAGGGAAUUGAGCCUUCGUUGUAGGAAAACGUGUGGUGAAUACUUGAACAAUAAGGUGCACUCGCAUUACUGGGGCUUAGGCUGCUUGUAAGAUGAUCUGCAUAGCCGGAGGUGAUCUGUCUCCAGUCAGUCACCGUCUACAGAUGUCGCAGGUGUUAUUGCACCCUUUCAUUCGAAAUGCAAGCUGCUAUUUGGCGUAGUGGUGUGAUACUGAAAAUUCCAGGUGAAAAUGUAUACGAUGUGAAAGCUUUUUCAAGCGAAGUAAGUAUAAAGAUGGUCAGUAGCCAGCCUAAGUAUGACCUGAUAAAGGAAGUAGGCCGUGGCAGCUAUGGAGUGGUGUACGAAGCCUUAGUUCGCAGGACAUGCCAGCGAGUCGCAGUUAAAAAAAUCCGCUGCCAAGCACCAGAGAAUGUUGAAUUGGCAUUGAGGGAGUUCUGGGCAUUGAGCAGCAUCCAAGGCCAACAUCCUAAUGUAAUUCAUUUGGAGGAGUGUGUCCUGCAGAGAGAUGGGACAGUUCAACGCAUGUUACAUGGAUCCAGUUCAGCACUUUACCUUCCGUUGGUGGAAACCUCUCUAAAAGGCAAAAUUGCCUUUGACCCACGCAGUACUUAUUGUCUAUGGUUCGUGAUGGAUUUCUGUGAUGGAGGAGAUAUGAACGAGUACAUCUUAACUAGGAGACCAAGUCGUCGAACCAACACCAGUUUCAUGUUGCAACUAAGUAGUGCACUUGCAUUUCUACACAAGAACCAGAUAAUACACCGUGACCUAAAGCCUGAUAAUAUUCUGGUGUGUAAAGCACGUGAUGGCAUGGAUGAACCUACUCUAAAGGUGGCUGACUUUGGACUGAGUAAAGUAUGUUCUACUUCAGGCUUGAACCCCGAAGAACCAGCCAGUGUAAACAAGAGCUUUUUAUCUACUGCAUGUGGCACUGAUUUUUACAUGGCACCCGAGGUGUGGGAGGGUCAUUAUACAGCAAAAGCAGAUAUUUUUGCUCUAGGAGUAAUACUGUGGGCCAUGCUUGAGCGCUUAACGAUCUUGGACAGUCACACCAAAAAGAGGUUGCUUGGUGGCUAUGUUCAACGGGGAGCACAAAUUGUUCCAGUGGGAGAAGCGCUGCUCGAGAACCCCAAAAUGGAAUUUCCUAUUCCUAUCAAGAAAAAAACCAUGAAUCGGCGCAUGAAACAAUUGCUGCAACAGAUGUUGUCCGCUAACCCUCAGGAGCGUCCAGAUGCCUUUCAGCUUGAACUACGUCUCAUUCAGAUUGCCUUCAGAGACUAUACAUGGGAAACGUGACAUCCACUUCUAAGUCUUAUUAGAAUUAAAUGAGCUGAGAUUUGCAGGGCACCUUAAAUGGAAGUAGACUUUUUUUUUUACAAUGUCAAGCUAGUUAUUACAGUACACAUUUUGUACUGGGGAAAGUAGAAGUAGAAGAAAAUGUAAUGUUAGUGUGCUAUCUGCCCCAUUCAUUACCUUUCUGAAAUGCAUCAUUCUCCUGAUUAGACAAUUCUAAUUGGCAAUGGUUACCACAUCUGGGGUAAUGUGAAAAUCCCAUUUAGGAUGAUCAUUCCUUUUUGUUUAGGUUUUCCAAUAUAUUUUUUUUAUUUCAUACCUCCAACUGGGCUGCUACCGUAUUUACUCUCUCGUAGAUGUAGAUUAGAACUUUAACAUUGCACAUUCCAGUGGGGUUCCUGGACUUCCCAAAGAAUGUAUGUGAUCAACUGCUGCUGUAUGAAUUGUGCGUGGGUUAUUCUGAAUGUGUAUUUAUUAAUACAUAAAGAUGCAUGUCUCUUGCUGUCAUUUUUGACAACUUCAUAAGAUGGCUGUUUGAUUAGUUUAGUUAUAUGUUAAAAAGGCUGCUUUAUUCAUAUCUGGCCUUUUUAUCAAGGAACACUUGCCUAUAACCUCUGAGCAAACCGUUCUGAUUUUCUGUGGUAAGCCCCAUAUCCGACACCUAAAACAAUGGGUUGUGCAGCCCUGACACUUGGUGUGAAGAGACUUGGAGCAGUUUCUUUUUUUUUUUUCUCACAGAUAUUGUAAAGUAAAGAAUAUUUCAGCAUUGCACAUGAAUGUUUUGAGGGUAAAUUGUGUUUAUCUCUUUAUGGCUAAUUCACACCUAUAUAUGCCUGUAAGAGAAAUGUGUUUCAUGAAUGAAAUGUACCUGCACAUGAUGAUAGGUAUUUCAGUACUCUGCCAAAUUUAACUUGGUACAAUAAUUUUCCAAUUCUGAGCUUUGCAGUAAAAUUUAUACUUUUUUGGUUUUGUUUGCUUUAAGCGCAUGAAAAUAAGUGAAAUGUGGAAAGGUGUUAAUGAGCCCAUUUAAGUAGUCGUUGUUUCAGCCAAAGUAUGAUGCCAGCAUAGCAUUUUACAGUCCAUCAGCUCAUACACAAACCAAAGUAAGCCUUCAACAUAUAUAAAGCUAUAAAGGGCUAUAGAGGCAACUUAAAUUUAAAAGCUGGUAGUGGAACUUUCCUGCAUGUAUUUCUUUCCUCAUUAAUCCUUCCUCCUAAGAGUGGGGGCCUGAAACCCAGGCGCACUGUGUUUGCUAGCUGUAAAUUUCAAAGUUACCCUGUACUGAGGGAAAUAUGGAGGCUACCAUUUGCUGACUAUUUUGUCUCCAGCUACAAUAAUUUGUCUUUUGCAGUUGGAAUAAGUAAGCUGAAUCCUGAUCUGCUUGCAUUUUUUUUUUUUUUUGCUUGCAUUUUCAAGGUCUGUGAGGUAGACAGUUUUUAAGCCCAUGCAGUAUGCAUAAACUGUGUGCAUUCCUUUUCUUGGGUACUUUGCUGGCGUGGUCUGCUGCUCUUUUCCAUCUGCUCCCAUAGUAAACUGUUUGAUUUGCAGGCUCCAUCCCACUCUGGGCUUUGUGCAUCUAGUGACACACGCAGUGCAUCUCUACCCCUGUCCCUCUAUGCCCUCCUCACUGAAUUUUGGCUUACUGCAGCGGGAGCCAGUGGCAACAAGUCCUAAAUUUUUUUUUUUUUUUUUUACAUUUUUAAUGCAGCAAAUACAUUAAGGUAAAAAUUUAUUUUAGCUUUAGAACCACUUUAAAGAUUUAAUUGGCAGUUAUGACCUUCUGUGGGUUUUAGGACCUUCCCAGGAAAAUAAUUCUGAAAAAAGAAUGCAGCUGCUGCUUUUUGUUUUCCUUAUGCUGCCUCAAUAGCUUUAUAUUUGUGAUGGGCUUGCUUUUUCUUGCAAUUUUUUUUACCCCUACCUCUCAUCUAUUUAUAAUAAGAAAAAAAAAAAGCGUCCUUGAUCAUCGAACGCACAAAAAUAAUCUAAUCAUCAUUCACCUUGAUUUUUAGAUAUAUUUUUCUUUGUAAACAUUACAGAAUAUAUUUUGACAGAAGUUAGGGAAACAAGGUAAAACUUAAUUUAUUAUAAAAUGUCACUGUUAAUAGUGUACAGAAUCUUUGGAUGUGUGUCUGUGUAAUAGUGUUUGUAAAGCACGUUGAGCUACAUAACUUUUGUCUGUGGUUUUCUUUACCUAAUCUGCCUGAUGAUGACGACAUCAUGGCUUUUGUCCAGCUUAAAAACAAAACUCUUUUUUAAAAUUUAAAUGUGGCGGGGUAACGCCCUUAGAAUGCAAUUCUUCCUCUAGUGUGGCGAAACAGACUUUGUACGGAGAUAAGCACAAACUGUCAAAGCAGCUUUUUACCUUCAUGCAUAUUGCAGUCAGGGUUGUUUUUCUUUUUUUUAAAUCAAUACAAGCUCAAAUUCAAGACACAAAAGAAAGUUGGUUAGAAAAAAUGACUUGCAAAACUGUGAAUUGCUUAGACUUCUGUUUUAUAUUGUAACUGGCCACAAUAAAAAAAAAUAUAUCUGUUA